CCCCAAGACUGAAGAAGAGGUUCCCUCUUCGAAUGACAGAAACACGGCACCAUGUGGAGCUUCAGCUUUCUCCUCUUCUGGGGGUAUUGUGGUAUAUUCAUCUGCGUUAUGUUCCCAUUGGAAUCAAUGACAGAUGAUGUGAAUGAGUGUCUGGAUACCACCAUGUGCCCAGCUUAUGCAACCUGCACCAACACUUUGGAUAGUUACUACUGCACUUGCAAACGAGGCUUUCUGUCCAGCAACGGACUGACGCAGUUCAGGGGCCAAGGAGUGACAUGUGAAGAUAUAGAUGAAUGUUCUCAAAGCUCCCCACCAUGUGGUCCUAACUCAGUCUGCAGAAACCUUCUGGGGAGAUACAAGUGCAGCUGUUUCCCUGGUUUCUUUUCUCCCACUGGAAAUGACUGGGUCAUGGGAAAUCCGGGUCGUUUCUCCUGCACAGACAUCAAUGAAUGCCUCUCCAGUGGUGUCUGCCCAGAGCAUGCUGAGUGUAUCAACUCCUUGGGAAGCUACAGUUGCAGCUGCCGGGUUGGAUUCAUCUCUCACAACUCCAUCUGUGAAGAUGUGGAUGAAUGUGCUGAUCCCGGAAUUUGCCCAGAGCAUGCGACUUGCCACAACAGUCCUGGAAGCUACUCUUGUGUCUGCAACCUAGGAUUUGAAUCUAGCAGUGGAAACGUGAACAUCCAGGGCCCAGGAGAAACAUGUGAAGAUAUUGAUGAGUGCCUUCACAUGUGCCCUUCCAAUGCAACAUGCACCAACACUCCUGGGAGCUACUUUUGCACCUGCUCUCCUGGCUUUGUACCAAGCAAUGGACAGCCGAGCUUCACAGACCAAGAAGUCGAAUGUAGAGAUAUUGAUGAGUGUUCCCAAGAUCCAUCACCAUGUGGCCCCAAUUCUGUCUGCACCAAUGCCCUGGGCUCCUACAGCUGUAGCUGCACUGGGGGCUUUCAACCCAAUCCAGAAGGCUCCUUGAACUUCAGCUGCAAAAAGACUCCCUUCAAGUGUAAAGAAGAUGUGAUACCCAACAAUGAGCAGGUCCAGCUCUGCAAAGUGGGAGGAGCAGUGGAGCCUGAACAUGGUUCCUUCUGCACACUAAUGAACGCCACCUUCAGUGUUCUGGACAAUGCCUGUGGAAACAGAACUGCCGUGGUUUCUCUGAAGAGUGCAGUUGAGAGCUUUGCCUCUGUGCUUGAACAAACAUCCACAUCCUCCAACUUCACAAAAGAAGAGACCUCCGCACUGGCCACUGUGGUCCUGGAGAGUGUGAAAAGCACCACCCUGGCAGCCUUCCUGAAACCGUCAGCAAAUGUCAGUCAGACUGUCCAGACUGAACAUUUAGAAAUUGAAAGCAAAAUUAUCAAGGAAGAAUGCACUGAAGAGAAUGUGACCUUUCACCUGAGAGCCAAAGGGGACAAGAUGGAGAUUGGGUGCUCCACCAUCGAAGAAUCUGAAUCCACAGGGACCACUGGGGUGGCUUUUGUCUCCUUUUCGGGGAUGGAGUCUCUUUUAGAUGAGAGCUUCUUCCAAGACCCUGAGACCCCUUUGGCCAACUCCCAGAGGAAGUUGAAGGUGAAGAUGAAUUCUCGCGUGGUACAGGGCAUCAUGACUGGAGAGAAGAAAGAUGGCUUCUCUGACCCAAUCAUUUACAUGCUGGAGCACAUUGAGCCAAAGCAGGAAUUUGAGAGGCCUAUCUGCGUUUCCUGGGACACCGAUGUGGAGGGUGGUAGGUGGACGCCCUCUGGCUGUGUGGUCCUUGAAGCUUCUGAGACGCAUACUGUCUGCAGCUGUAAUCAAAUGGUGAACCUGGCCAUCAUCAUGGCUUCUGGGGAGCUCACGAUGGAGUUCUCCCUGUACAUCAUUAGCCAUGUGGGCAUGAUCAUCUCCCUGAUAUGUCUCAUCUUGGCCAUCGCCACCUUCCUGCUGUGUCGUGCCAUUCGCAACCAAAACACAUACCUCCACCUGCACCUCUGCAUCUGCCUCUUCUUGGCCAAGACUCUCUUCAUCAUCGGUGUAGACAAGACUGACAACCAGUUGGGCUGCGCCAUCAUUGCAGGCUUCCUGCACUACCUUUUUCUCGCCUGCUUCUUCUGGAUGCUGGUAGAGGCUGUGAUGCUCUUCCUUAUGGUCAGGAACCUGAAAGUGGUGAAUUACUUCAGCUCUCACAACAUCAAGAUAUGGUACCUCUGUGCCUUUGGCUACGGGCUCCCAGUGCUGGUGGUGGCUGUCUCUGCCAGUGUGCAGCCACAAGGUUAUGGGAUGCAUAAUCGCUGCUGGCUGAAUACAGAGACAGGGUUCAUCUGGAGUUUCCUGGGGCCAGUCUGCACCAUCAUCAUGAUCAAUUCCAUCCUCCUGACUUGGACAUUGUGUGUCCUGAGGCAGAAGCUUUCCAGCGUCAAUGCUGAAGUCUCAACGCUCAAAGACACCAGGUUACUGACAUUCAAGGCCUUUGCCCAGCUCUUCAUCUUGGGGUGCUCCUGGGUGUUGGGCAUUUUCCAGAUUGGACCCAUGGCUAGUAUCAUGGCCUACCUGUUCACUAUCAUCAACAGCCUGCAGGGGGCCUUCAUCUUCAUCAUUCACUGUCUGCUCAACCGCCAGGUACGGGAAGAAUACAGGGGAUGGAUUACCAGGAAGAUCAAACCCAGUUCCGAGUCCCAGACUUCAGGGAUGUUACUGUCCUCUGUCCCCUCCACUUAUAAAACGGGUUAAAGCUCUUUCUUACUUUCAAAUAUGCUAUGAAGCAACAUUUGAGGAAAGCAGGUACCUGCAGGAGCCUACUCUGAAAUCUCUUCACAGCUUGAUGCACAGAUGCAGGAUCCUGCUAGCCCCAGAACUCUCUGGAAAACAAGAAUUUCUGUUCAAGAUGAUAAGUUCAUCUUCCGUGUUCUGCUCUUUGAGUUUCUAGACUUUUGUGGAAGUAACAGAUCCCAGGGCAAUAGCAUGAACAAGGUUACCUGGCUACCAUUUUGGUUUCUCCUAAGUUCAUUGGUGCACGGCAGCAAGCGUUCCUCUCCAGCACUAUACUGCGCGUGACACAGAGCAGCCCUUAAUAAAUGAUUUGUCAUAUGACUGACUGACUUACCCUUUGACAAAGCCUCCUCCUGCUUUUAAAGAAAUGGUCAGUAAAACAGUAAUGGUGACCCCAGGGGAUGAAUAAAACCCACAGACCUAUAGGCUACUUUUGCACAAACACUUAAAACAGUUAUGUUGGUGAGUAGGAGUGCUGGAUGGAGCAGAAUCCCAGCAUUUCAUGGAGGCUUGCAGUGCUUGAUGACAACACCCUUUGGAAAGUGUUUUGGUUUCCUGGGACCUUUCAGCAAACCAACAUCUCUCUUCUUUCCAGGAACUUCCUUAGGACUUGGCUAGGAUUCACACUGCUCACAAAGUUAUCACCAUCCCACCUGGCCCUCCAUCCUGCAUAAUAUCUUGAUUGCCAGGGAGAGUAGAGGGAGAUGAAACUUUUUAAAAUGUAGAUAUCCUGGGGCGCCUGGUUGGCUC